CGUGGCCUCCUUGGAACGAGUCCUGGAACUGCUGGGAUCCAGUCCCUGGACAGAGGGCCGGCCAGGGCGCUGGGGUCGGUUGGGGAACCCCCUCCGGACUCCUUCCCUGGCCCACUUUGUUCCCAUAUAACCCACUUCAUGGAGCCCCGAGCUUCGUGCUUGAGCACUCGGAGCUCCUGCCACCACUGUCCCCUGCCCGGCGGGCACUCCAGCCAGGCCGAGACCAUGAGGCAGCUGCCAGCUGUGGCCCUGCUCCUGCUGCUGCUGCGGUCCGGGACUCAGGGGGGUGAGGCACUAAACGCCUGCGGACGCCCGCGGAUGCUGAACCGGAUGGUGGGCGGGCAGAACGCCUUGGAGGGCGAGUGGCCCUGGCAGGUCAGCAUUCAGCGAAACGGAAGCCACUUCUGCGGGGGCAGCCUCAUCACGGACCGGUGGGUCCUCACCGCCGCGCACUGCUUCUCCAACACCUCUGAAACACCCCUGUACCAAGUCCUGCUGGGGGUGUUGCAACUGGCGAGGCCAGGGCCACACGCUGUGUAUGCCCGGGUGAAGCGGGUCGAGAGCAACCCCCAGUACCAAGGCAUGGCCUCGAGCGCCGACGUGGCCCUGGUGGAGCUGGAGGCACCUGUGACCUUCACCAACUACAUCCUCCCCGUGUGUGUGCCUGACCCCUCCGUCGUCUUUGAGACGGGCAUGAACUGCUGGGUCACCGGCUGGGGCAGCCCCAGUGAACAAGACAGCCUGCCCAAACCCCGGACCCUGCAAAAGCUCGCCGUGCCCAUCAUCGGCACGCCCAAGUGCAACCUGCUCUACAGCAAGGAUGCGGAGUCCGGCUUCCAGCCCAGAACCAUCAAGGAUGACAUGCUGUGUGCGGGCUUCGCUGAGGGCAAGAAGGACGCCUGCAAGGGAGAUUCCGGGGGCCCCCUGGUGUGCCUCGUGGGCCAGGUGUGGCUGCAGGCCGGAGUGAUCAGCUGGGGCGAGGGCUGCGCCCGCAGGAACCGCCCAGGUGUCUACAUCCGGCUCACCUCCCACCACGACUGGAUCCACCGGAUCAUCCCAGAGCUGCAAUUCCAGCGGGCAGGGCCGGGUGGUGCCCAGAAGCGGGAUCCCCGGAACCUGCAGCCCCUUGUUCGGAACUCUGCAUGCUGCCCGGCUGCCCGAGCCGUCCUCCUGGUCCUCGCAGCCCUGCUUGCCUUGCUCUGAGCCUUGCUUGGGCCGGUGGGCAGCAGCUGCCCAGGUCCACGAUGUACAUUUGUAAAUAACUCUCCAGUUCCCCCUCCUCUCAA